UUGCGGCCCGGCGGCGGCGGGCGGGAGGGGAGAACGGGCCGGGCGGAAGAAGUCGAGCCCGAAGUAUUUCCGGUUCCGGUGUCAGUUCGAGGCGCCUCCGCCGCCGCCGCAGCCGCCGGAGCCGCGAUGCCUAAAGGAGGGAGAAAGGGAGGCCACAAAGGCCGGGCAAGGCAGUACACGAGCCCCGAGGAGAUCGACGCCCAGCUCCAGGCUGAAAAGCAGAAGGCCAGGGAAGAAGAGGAACAAGGAGAAGAAGGUGGAGAUGGGGCUGCAGGUGACCCCAAAAAGGAGAAGAAAUCCCUAGACUCAGAUGAGAGUGAGGAUGAGGAAGAUGAUUACCAGCAAAAGCGCAAAGGCGUAGAAGGGCUCAUCGACAUCGAGAACCCCAACCGGGUGGCACAGACAACCAAAAAGGUCACGCAGCUGGACCUGGAUGGGCCCAAGGAACUUUCGAGGAGAGAAAGAGAAGAAAUCGAGAAGCAGAAAGCAAAAGAGCGUUACAUGAAGAUGCAUUUAGCGGGGAAGACAGAGCAAGCCAAGGCAGACCUUGCCCGGCUGGCCAUCAUCCGGAAACAGCGGGAGGAAGCUGCCCGGAAGAAAGAAGAAGAGAGGAAAGCAAAAGAUGAUGCAACUUUGUCAGGAAAACGGAUGCAGUCACUCUCCCUGAAUAAGUAGCACGGCCUGUGGGAGGAGAUGCCAGGGAACUGGGCUGUGCUGCCGGGACCUCGGCUGUGUCUCACCCACCCUGUGCCCCGGCGCCGCUGCAGCAGCCCCUUGCGGCGAGGACCCCCCACGGCCUGGGACCUCCUCUUCAUCUUGGCACAGAAAUCGUUUGGGGGGAUGGUGGGUGGGGGGCUGGGGGGAGGGGGCAGCUGCUAUCUUUGAGACAAAAAGAUGCAGGACAGCAUUUCAUAUGUAACCAUUCGAAUGUUUUGGCUGUUUUUAGAAUUCAGAACUCUUGUUGGGGGGUGCCUGGGAGGUGGGGUAAGAGGAGCUUCCAUUUGUCUGGUAGAUUGCGAGGCAGGGGGCAAUUGGGCCACAGUAGCUGCUGACAGGUUUGCGAUGGACAGUCCCCCCCAAUCUGUGUUGCCUGGGUGCUCACUAGGGGGCUAUGGUCUGGGAGCCCAGGCCUCUGGGCCCCUGAGGGUCAUGGCUCAUCCCUGGCCAGUCCCCUCUGACUGAGGCCUUCCCACUCUACUCCCCACCCCCAACUCUGGCCAGGCCCUGGGCCCAUUCUUAACCCUGCCCAUGGAUCAUUUCGAGAAACCUCUGUUUACUGUGUGGCACCCAGGCAAAACACGCUCCACAAAUCCAACUUGUAUAUUUGGCAAAUUAAACUUGACAUUA